ACAGUGAGAAAGUUGCUUUCGACUGACUCGCGGCGGUGGGGGAGGCGAGGCGGACAACACCGAUACGGACACAAAUAACAUAAUCAAAACGAAGAGAAGACUCUGUUCCGUUGGAUAUUGUUCGGCUGUUUGGAUGAUCUGUUACAAAGUUCAACUGUAACAGGAGCACAAAUGGCAGGAAUGUACGGCUGGCAGCCCCUUCCCCAAGGCACUCCCUACACAGAGAUCAUCGAGCAGCCCAAGGCGAGGGGUAUGCGUUUCCGCUACAAGUGCGAGGGACGUUCGGCAGGCAGUAUCCCGGGGGAGAAGACUAACGACACGACCAAGACGCAUCCUGCAAUCAAGGUCCACAACUACAGCGGGCCGAUCCGAGUGCGCAUCUCGCUGGUGACCAAGACCGAACCGUACAAGCCACAUCCUCACGAGCUCGUGGGAAAGGACUGCAGGCAUGGCUACUACGAGGCUGACCUGCAGGAGAGACGCGUGCACAGCUUCCAGAACCUGGGAAUCCAGUGCGUGAAGAAGAAAGAUGUUGCAGAGGCUGUGGGUUGCCGACUCCAAACGCAAAACAACCCUUACAAAAUUCCCGAGGCGAAGGUUUGGGAGGAGGACUAUGACCUGAAUGCGGUGAGACUAUGUUUUCAGGUGUCCAUCACGAAGCCCACGGGAGAGCUACAACCCCUAAGACCAGUCGUCUCUCAGCCCAUCUACGACAACAGAGCGCCCAAUACAGCUGAGCUGAAGAUAUGUCGAGUCAACAGAAACUCUGGAAGUUGCCGUGGAGGUGACGAAAUCUUCCUGCUCUGUGACAAAGUGCAGAAAGAGGACAUUGAGGUGCGCUUCUUCCGAGACUCCUGGGAGGGGAAGGGCUUGUUCUCACAGGCUGACGUUCACCGGCAGGUGGCCAUCGUCUUCCGGACGCCCGCAUACUGCGACAAUCAACUCAGGGAGCCGGUACGCGUCAAGAUGCAGUUACGGCGGCCCUCCGACAGGGAGGUCAGCGAGCCCAUGGACUUCCAGUACCUGCCACCAGACCCAGAUGAGUAUAGACUGAUUGAGAAGCGGAAACGCACUGAGGGAAUGUUCAAGACACUGAGUACAGGGGCCACAGACGGGAGGACAUUCAAUAGUGCCAGGAGAACGAGAACCACGCCUUUACCUACAGCUCCCAUGGCUGCUGGUAUCACAGUUGGGAACCCCUUCGGCCCUCCACCCGGCCAGCUGUUUACCAUGCCCAAAACAGAAACGGCCUCGGCCGCCUCCUCCGCCUCAACCAACCUCCCCAACGACACUUGGAAGUUCCUCACAAGCCUGACCUUACACAACGAGCCCAAAGCCACGCCGGUGAACCUCUUCACCUCGCAGGCUCCAACCUCCUCCACCACCUCCGCGUCGGCGUCGGCGUCGGCGUCCUCCGCAGCCCAGGACUACCCCACGGUUAACCUGGCCGACCUUCACGGCCUCAGCUUCGGCGUCUACCCCACUGCCCAGGACUCUGGGGUGGUGAACGCGGCCAGCAGGAGCGACGGGGAGACUGGCGGCAACGGGACGGUCGGCGUUCCGUCUCUCCGAGCAGGCGUGGCCGGGGUCCAGCCCGUCCAGUACAGGAUCGACCCUGACGACGACGUCGAGUUCCCCAGCUUCCCUGAUGCUAUCUCGGGCACCCUGGAAGGCAUCACGAUGGAAGAUUUCGAGACGCUGCUAGCCCAGACUGGCUUGCAAGGCGAGGGCCCCGCUGCUGCCACGGGGAUUGGGGCACAGCCCUCCGGCUGCCAGAUGGUCUCCGUCCUACCGCCCUGCAGCAGUGCCACCAACAACAUGGCCAACCCAGUGGAGAACGCAAUCACCAACCACGCGGGAAGCGACAGCACCAACGCCACCAUGAUGAACUACCCCCCAAGCCUCGCCAGCCUACUCCAUGUCGACUGUGCCGUCGGCAGUCCCAAUGUCCCGCAAAUGCCCCUUACCUUGGACGACAUGGAUAUGACCUCCCUAGAUGAGGACCGUCUCUUGUCCAUCUUCAACUGUGCCACUCAACCAGGGUUCCCCACUUAAACUAGUCCGGGAAAGAAAAUAACUGCUUCCUGAUGGUCACAUCGCCAGGACUUUGUAAGCACCCACUGCCUUAGUUUCCCUUCACCAUGUCCUGGAGAUCUCAAAUAAUCCGGCUCAGACAGAAAGGAAUAAGAAAUACACAGAGCAGAAAGAAAAAAAGAAAAUAGAGGAAGACAAUCAUGGUUUUAAAGAAGUAGGAGACUUCUUAGGGAUUGUAGUUGGCUAUCUGUCUUCUGCUCUUUUGGGGGGGGGGGGGGGGUAGAGUCUAUCAAGAAGAAAAUUCUAGUGACUUUCUAGAAUUCUAGAAAAUUCUAGAACUGUAGUUACCGUGUGGCAUGUGGGAGCAUUGAGUUGUCUCCUCAAUGUUAAGGCGGGGAUCACACUAGCCAGCGGCAAGCGGCAGGUUUCCUAUUGUUCUCUAUGGUUCGGCAGCGGAACGGUGACAACGCUGGCAUGACGCUAGCGUUGAGCAAACUGUGAGUUGAACUUGGUUCAACUUUGAAGCGCAACGCUCGGCUCGUCACAAUCAGGUUUGGAAUGAUUAGGUAUUUUAACCAAUCAGAUUCGUCUAAGGACGUAGCAACAAAGAUUGAACUUGGGAACGAGAUAGAAUGUUUAGAUUUAUUAUUAUGGUCUGAGCGCUGCGUUACGCUUGCCGCAGCCGCUGGCUAAUGUGAUCCCCGCCUAAAGGUGUUGCCCAUGGUGUUAAAUUAGCAAAUUGAUUUUGCUAAUUCAGUUAAAUGAUUUUAGUUAGUAAAUUAGCUUUAACUUAAAUAAGGGCCCUGGAAAGAAGUCUUGACACUUUUAUUAUAAUGGGAGGCACCACUGCAUUAUCUGUAUCCGUAUUUUACCAAUCAAGUAAAAUGUAAAAUGUGUAGCCUGUUCUAGCCAUUCAGUCAAAGUAGGGAUACUUAGUUUGAUUCAAGUAGACUUUUGAAUGUUGACUCUUAUUUUCAGUAUUUUGGGUCGCUGAUCUGGUCUACUUGGGUUUUCUUCGGCUCUGACAAUGAAUUCUUAAUCAUAUACAAAAAUGACAGUAUAUAUUUGUAUUAUCUUUAGGAUAAUUAGAGCUGGGUACUUUAAACCACAAAUGUGGGUCGUUGCUGUGGCUUUUCCUUUACUAACCAGCAGAAACAUGUCUCAUUUACAAAACAUUCAGGUUACAUUGACUCACUGCAUCAACUGUGGAUGUUUUAAAGUCUCUUAAUUGUUCAAAAAGAGAAUAUUAUCAAUGAGAGCAUAAGUGAUACCCCGUUUUCAAAAUAUUUACUAGUUGGUGGCAAGUUGCACUUAACGUCCACAUUGAAAUGUGAGGAGAACGAACAGAAGUCUGAUGUGUUAUCAUGUCCUUUCUGUUCUCUGUUGAAACAAGGCUUAACGUUAUAGUCUUUAUUUGACAUGAAUUAUCAGAUAAGUCUCUGAAUUCAUACUGAAUUCUAGCGUCAGCCUCUUUUUAUGGUGCUUUUGUUGAGAAGAUACAUUAAAAUACAUUAGAGCAUUGUUUUUUGAGAGGACAUGGCUUGAGAAAUAUGCAAUCUCAACUGCUGAUGAGUUUGUAGGGCAGUUUCCAAAGUAGAGAUUUGCCAUAACUGACUAUUUUUGCUAUCAUGUAAAGUUACCUUUGGUUACAGUUAUACGUUUGUUUAUCAAAAAAAAAGAGAGAGAAGGGAACUAUUCAUUUGUUCACACCAUCUGAUCAACUGACCUAUGCUAUAUCAGAAGAACAAUUACAGUUUUAGUUCUGGCUUUUUAACAGUGUAACUUACAUAUGCAUAUAAUAUCUAAACCUGUAUUAUUUACAGUUAGUUGAUACAUCGUCCCCUUACAAUGAUAAGGUUUUAUCUACGUUUUGUGUCGUUCUGAGAUAGAACUUCAAAGUCUUAGAACACCAUAGAGUAAAAUUGUCAGUAACUUCAUGUUAACAGAAAAGUCAGAUAGAACCUUAUAAUUGGUAGGGGAUGACAUCUGUUUGUGCAUUUGAAUAAUGCCUGAAGACAUCCUUAAUGACCUAGUUAUCCUCACAGGGUUAUAGGACACUGUUGCUUCUGUACAUUCAUGCAGUAUACCGAUCAUUUCUGGUAGUAUUUCCGUUUUUGUUUUGUGUUUAUUUUUCCUUGGAAGGUAUUCGAAAUACAAAUAUAAAUAUGAAAUAUGCAUUCUGUUCUGGCCGAGGACUGCUUAUAUGACCCACAAUCAUAUUUGCUAACUCAACAAUCAUAUUUAUAUUACCAUUUUUGAAGAAUAGAAGGGGGGAGAUUUCUUUAAUCUGUUAAAAAGUCAACUAAGACUGACAAGAUUUGGGAAAGAUUCUUGAAAGUCUUUUAGCUAAUGUCCAACAUUCAAGCUAUACUCAAGACUACAAUAUUUCAAGAAUCUUUCCCAAAUCGUGUCAAAGUCUUCUGGUGUAAGGAUGGCUUCAAUCUUGAAUGUUACAUUAUUUUAUAAAUCAAAGAUUAUGCUAAAAAGGCCUGUAGUGGUUGGCUAAUGCAGUAAGCCUUUCCAGUUCAUUUGUAGCCUUACAGUACUGCCAGCUAUUCGUAAAUUAUAAUUUAUUUCACCCUGUUCUCAGUAAUAUCCAUUAUGGUUAUAAAACUCUACUGGACUUUAUGAUUCAACGCUCUUUAGAUGUGAUAAUUGUAAAAAGUCUGUAUAUCUGCUGAGUUACUGACUUUGUUGAAGAUGGGGUGGGUCUUGCACAUGAUGUGUAUGUCCAUGAAUAAGGCAAACAAAUAUGUCAAUAAAAUGUGUUUAUUAAACAUU